CAACCUCUAUCAUGGCAAGAAUCCGAAUUAUCAGAAGAGAAAGAAGAGAAACGGAUUCGGUGAUAAACAGAGAGGAUUCGACGUAUACGCCGAGUUGCAUUGGGUUUCGAAUACGAGAGGACCAUACGAGGGCUCUC